AUGACGCUGCGGGACUCGAAGGACGCAAAGAUAAGGCAAGCAGAGAUCCAGACUAGGACAGGAAGGAAAUGGUCCGCAAGCCAGUCAGUGGAGCAGGCCGAGGGAGCUCUCAAGCACCAGGACAUCAUCGGAGCAACCUGCUCAGGGCGGCAAGGAUUGGGGACAACACAUUUCCAUAGGUCGGAAGGAACAGAUGACAAGGAGAAAAGAUCAAUGGUACAGGGAGAGAUUCGAAUAGAGGAAGAAGGAGCUAGGAAAGGAAGAGCAGUAGAAAUGGGGUCACAAGGGACAUGGACAAGAUGGAAGCUGCCGGAGCGGAAACUGACAUGGACAGACCUGUGGCGCUAUGAACCAUUGAGGAUCCAGUUCCUGCUGCGGUCGGUAUAUGACACCCUACCAUCGCCAGCGAACCUCCAUCAGUGGGGACUAGUUGAAGAGCCAAAAUGUCAGCUUUGCCAAGAACGUGGGACCAUGAGUCAUAUCCUUUCAGCGUGCAAGACAGCACUGACUCAGGGACGAUACCGAUGGAGGGAUAACCAGGUGCUUAGAGAAAUGGCAGAAGUUCUCGAGGUGGAGAGAAAACGGAAGAGUCCGCCACGAAAGCACAAACCAUCCUUCAUCCGGUUUGUUAAAGCAGGGGAUAAGGGGACCAGGACAACACCAGACAUCACAGGCAUUCUAGGAGAGACAUGGGAGAUGAGAGUGGACCUGGGGAAAAAGUUUCCGGACGUGGUACAAACAACACUACGUCCUGAUGUGGUGAUAUGGUCUGCCGAAUCCACGCAGAUCGUAGUCAUCGAGCUGACUGUACCCUGGGAAGAGCGAUGUGACCAGGCCAACGAGAGAAAGAGAGCCAAGUAUUCAGACCUCAUGGAACAGUGCAGGGAACGAGGGUGGCGCACUUGGCUGUUCCCUGUGGAUGUCGGCUGUAGAGGGUUCCCGGCACGCUCAGUCUGGAAGACGUUUCAGGCUUUGGGUGUGGUCGGGAGGACACGAAAGAUGGUGGUGCGCAGACUAGAGGAGGCUGCGGAACGCGCAUCAUGCUGGCUGUGGAGCAGACGGGAGGAGAAAGACUGA